UUUGCAGUGGUUGAAUUGUGAGAUACUCACACAUGAAGAACAUUCAAAUCGUGACUCUGGUGUCACACAGACAUCAUAAAGCAGCAGCCUGACACUUCAUCACUGCUCGUCCUGCGUCGUUCCAAGGUAACGUUCCCGCUUCACAUCUGUGUUCAGAGUCUGACCGGGUUUGAUCCUGCAGCAGGUGUCGGUCCAUCAGCAGCUCAUCAGCAGGAGGAGUCUGGUUCCGUUCCCUCCUCGUCUCUCAGUAAAGCAGAAACCUGAGUUACUGGAACUGUGUGUGAGACAUUGGAUCAUGUUCAGGCUUCACUUACUGGACAAAUGAACCGUUCUACUAGAACUUUACUGACACUAUAUUAAACUCUGUUCUUUUUCAGUUUCUUUGUGAAGAAUGAAUCUGAGCAACAUUAACUACACAUUGAUGGACACUGACGACAAAAGCAUCCAUGAGGUUGAUAAUGAAACAGAAGAUGAGCUUUAUUAUAGAAUACUAUGGGUUUCAAGACUGUCCAUCGUCAUCGUCGGCCUCGUCCUGACGCCCGUCGCCAUCUAUGCUGUUUCCUCUCUGGUGAAGAAAGACAACGUUGCUCCGAUCUUCGUCAUCAACCUCCUGGUGUCUGACAUCAUUCAGCUCUGUGGCAUGAUCCUUUUGCUGACAGGAGAUGGAAUUGCCUCCUUAAUUAGUUAUAUCGUGUACUAUAUCGGUAUGUUGGCCAGUGUGGGCUUCAUGCUGUGCAUCGCUCUGGAAAGGUAUUUGCUCAUCGUCUGGCCGCUGUGGUACCGAACCAAACGAACAGUCAAGAUGUGCCUGCUGCUCUGCGCUGUGGUCUGGACUCUUCCUCUGUUUUUUUAGUCUUUUUCAUAAUAAUGUAUUCGAAAAAGCAGUUUAAAUUGCUUUUUAAUAUUACUGCCGUCCUCCUCCUCCUCCCGCUUCCUCUGCUCGUGUUCUUCCUGGUUCAGACCUUUAGAGCUUUGUCUGCCUCCAUCAGUGUUUGUGCUGAGGAAAAGUGGAGAAUAGUUGGACUUCUGGUUCUGGUGCUGCUGAUUUACACACUGCUGUUCCUGCCUCUUAUCAUUUCUUUCUUUGUAGAUUAUAGUGAUGAUAAGUUGGAUGUAGUUGCUGACUUUUUCCUUAGACUAAAUCCUGUUGCUGACUUGUUCCUGUACAUCUUCCUCAGAAAAGGGGCUGUGAACCAAGUUUGUUUCUAUCUGUGUUGUUGCAGAAAGAACAGAACUAAUCGUCAGUCAUCCAGUGGUUUGAAUGAUGGUGACGCAGUCACAAGUUUGUAGUCAGACAAUGAAACAUUCUCAUGCUGUAGUUUCCAUCUUUUGUCAGUUGUGUAGAUUUUAUAAACAAACAACAAACAUCCACAUCCAAGUUGUUUUUGUGUGAAGGACUUUGAGUGUUUUAGCUGAAAUAAAAAUGU